AUGGCUGGGGACGAUUCGAAACGCUCGUCGAAACACAAACACCGUCAUGACAAGGGCGACCGCGAGCACAAGAGCAAGCGAAAGCAUAAAGCGCAGGAGGGAAGUUCCAGCAGGAAGCGUUCGCGCCAAGAUAACGGCGAGCAUUUGCACAUUGUAGAUGAGGACGCCAACGAUGAGGACAUGUGGGUAGAGAAGAAUAUUGACAUGGAGGGCGAAGUGCCACUCGCGACGGACAUCCCGUCAGCGGAAGACCUCAGUCUGAAGACAAGAGCUGAGGUGCAUCCUGAUGACCCUCCCCUUCCCCCGCCCGUGCGCACAGAGACCAAGCUCGUGCGGGACGAGUGGAUGCUCAUGCCCGAAACAAGCCUCCUUGCACCGUCACCUUCGAACGGAGGCACUCCGAUGAACGAGGACCCCACGGACGGCUACGGGGAACCUUCAGCGAAUACGCGCACGUUGGGCGGUACCGUAGACUUCUUCUCAAGCUUGGGUACGGAGCGCAAGAAGCAGCCACGUCCAGACCGCCCAGACCCGGACAAGCCUCACAUGGUCCACCAUAAGGAGCUUAAUACUGCACUCAGGGAGGGCAAGAGUGUGGACGACAUGCCAGAUGCCCCGAAGAAGCCCGUCGUAGCCGGUGGGCCGGGCUCCCAGUGGCGCAUGAUGAAGCUUCGGAGAGUCUACGAAACGGCAGAGGAGGAGGGACGGUCGGUCGAGGACGUCGCUAUGGAGCGCUUCGGCUCCAUGGAGCUGUUCGAGGAGGCGAAGGAGGAGCGGCGGAUACUCGACGAGCGCGAGGGCAAGCGCGCUUCCCGGACGGGCGAGCGGGAUCGCAAAGGGAAGGGGAGGGAGCCUGAGGGCGAGCGGCGGCUCAUGUUCACAGACUUCUCGACGCCAAGCAGUGCUGCCAGCCGUAGUUCGUCGUUCCGCCGUCCGGAUUUGGACCGGAGCGGGCCACCUACUCCUGGGCUCGCCGAAAGCGACUCGCAUUUGAAGAAGCUGGAACCGUCGAGGCUGGGCCAGACGACGGGGAGUGCGCUCGCGCAGGCGCGGACACCCAUUCCGUCGGCAAUGACGCCAUCGCUGUCUGCGACGGGUGUGAAGGCGCGCGCGAUGUCGCCGUCGUCGCUCAAUAAGCUGCAGGCGAAGGUGCUCCGUGCGAAGCUGAUGAACGCGCCGAACGCGGAUGCCCUCGAGAAGGAGUAUGAUGAGGCGCAGAAGCUGGCGAAUGGCGGAGAUGAGGGGGAGGGUAAAGUGCGGACACGGGUGGAAGUCCUGCCGACGCUGGACAUCCAUGGUCGGCUGUACGAUGUCGGGCAAGGGAAACAGGACGCACCUCCGCCACCGGGCAACCACAGGCCUAAGUCGAAGCUGACGUCUCUUCGUAAGGUCGAACAGCGGGACCCCAAGACCGGUGAGAUGAUUCGUGUCGAUCCCGACGACGACGAUAUCACGCUUGGGGAGAUGCUCAGGCAAGAAAAGUUCGGGGCUGGAAUGGCGGACCAGAAAAACCUCGAUGCGGAGUUCGCGCGAGCUGUCAUGACGGAUGGUGGUUUCCAGAAUGACAUGGACUAUAUGGACGACAAUGCGGACAAGCUGGCGAGGAAGAAGAUGCGAGCGGACCAUAUGAAACGGCAAUUUGCGAUCAACGAUUACAAAAAGACGAUGAAGGUCCUUGCGUCAUGUCCCUUCUGCUACGGGGAAGAUGACUCACUCCCUAAGGCACCCAUCAUCGCUAUGGGCACUCGUGUCUACCUAUCAUGUACACUGAACGAGGAGCUUGUCGAUGGUCAUUGCUUGAUUGUGCCCAUUCCCCAUCAUCUGUCGUCUCUUGAGGGAGAUGAUGACAUGUGGGACGAAGUCCGGAACUUCAUGAAGUGCCUCAUGCGUAUGUUCGCCGAAGAAGACAAGGGUGUUGUCUUCUACGAGACUGUCCUAUCGAUCAAGGCGCAGAAACAUACUUACAUUGAAUGUGUGCCGCUGCCAUGGGAGCAGUUCGAGCUGAUCCCCGGAUACUUCAAGGAAUCCAUCCUCAUGUCCGAAACGGAAUGGUCACAACACAAGAAGUUGAUCGAUUUCUCUGCGCGACCUGGCGGCUUCCGACGAGCGAUGGUGCCCAAUCUUCCGUAUUUCAUGGUGCAGUUUGACUACAAGGGGGAGAAGGGCUACGGACACGUCAUUGAAGGGACCAGUGAGGCAUCGGGAAACGGCGAGGAGGAUAUCGAUGAAGGCGAGAAGGGCGGCGGCGAGUUCCCUAGGUGGUUCGCUGCUGAGAUCAUGGGAAACAUCCUCGACAUUGAGCCUCGUAAGUGGCGGAGGCCUCGCAAAGUCGAGUUCAGACAAAACAAAGAUCGCGUCAAGAGGUUCAAGCAAAAGUACGACAAGUUCGACUGGACAGGGAUGGUUGGGCGUUCUUGA